GCGUCUUAUCACUCCACUUAGAUAACUACCUUUAUUCCAAACCCCAUUUCUCCACGGACAGAUUUGUAUCUACCCAAGGAAGAGAGCGAACACAGAAGCAGGCAGAAUAAUGACCAACCGCCGCCUCCUCAUCUUUCAAGAAACCCCCAUCCAACACCCGCAAUCCCCCACCAACCCCCUCACUCCGAGCCCACAGGGCCUCCCCUACCAAGUCCAACAAAGCGCACAACAAUUUCAAUACAUCCCCAUCAAUAAGCUCGGACUGCCUGUUCAAGGCCCGGGCUCGUUACCUGAGGGUUUGGGGGUUGGGUCCUUGCUCAAUUUGCCGCUUAGGGUCAUCAGCGCUUUUACGGAGAUAUUCAAUGGGCCCAAGUAUAAGGGGUGGGCGAUUGUAGCGGCAGGACCGUAUAAUGAUCCGACGCUAGGGGUGACGGGCAAGUUCUAUGCUGUUGUCUUGGAGCAGACUUCCCCGCCUGAUGGAGGAUCCAGUUCAGGUCCGGGAGGUCUCUGACUCUGAUCGGGGUAC